UCAAACACGUUUAAUUUGAGCUCCAGAAAAUUUGCUCUGGCUACAUUCGAUUCGAUUUUCAGGGAAAUUCUGUAUGGGAAAAUCGUCUAAACGCAUUGGACGUUUUCCACGCACGAUUUCGCACACAUUUCCUGGAUCCGCUCGCACCGAUCAUCACAAUUAUUUUUUUUUCCAACUAGCGAAAAUCUGGAGUGGUUCUGAUUCUAAUUAGAAAGCAGUUAGUUUUUCAGUGGUAGCACUGACGUUUCAGUGGACGUUGACAAUACUGCUGCAACCAGAACUCCAUUAAGCAGAAGAAGAAAAGAAAAAAAAAACAGUUUUGCUGAGAAGAGUAAAGUUGUAAUAGUUGUAAUAAAUAAAAAGAAAAAUUAUACAGAUAUAAAUGGUGCGGGAAUAACAUCGUGUGUGUGUGUCUUCCCUAUUAUUAUAUGGGAAUUACAUUGGAAUAGAAACGACCAACGUCCAGCAAAACACACGGAACAUAAAGGUUAACAAAGUUAAUAAGAUGGCCACAACUGAACAAUUCUCACUUCGGUGGAACAACUUCCAUUCGAACCUCACCACAGGUUUCCAUGAUCUGCUCGAGGCAGCUGACAUGGUCGAUGUAACCCUGGCAGUGGAAGGUCAAUUUCUGCAGGCCCACAAGAUAGUCCUCUCCAUAUGCAGUCCAUACUUUAAGCAAAUGUUCAAAAUAAAUCCCUGCCAGCAUCCAAUUGUCAUACUUAAGGACAUCACACACGACAACUUGAAGGAUAUCCUGGAGUUCAUGUAUUUGGGGGAAGUGAAUGUGAUGAGGGAGAAUUUGCCUUCAUUUCUCAGGACUGCUGAACUGUUGCAGGUCAAAGGUCUGACUGGGGAUGAUUCUCAAAGUGAGUCUUCCUCAAAGCGAGAGGAGAAGGCAGCCCUCACUGAUGAUGAACCAGAGUAUAACCAGCUGAUUGAAUCUGAUGGUGUGAAUUUCACCUCUUCACCAAAGCCAUCGACCAAGAGGCAGAGGAGCCCCAUGUACACGCCGACGCUGAAGAAAUCUAAAUCCGAUAGUAAAUCUGUGAAGGAAAAUUGCAAUGAGAAUGAACGGCACGAACUUUUACCAAAUAUUAAGAGUGAAAUGUCCUUGGAGUGCGAAGACAAAGACCAAAUGAAUAAGUUGUAUCCCGAAGGUGUGUUCAACGCUGACGCGAAUCCACACGAGAAUGAUGUUGUUAUGUAUACGGUUGACGAGAAAGGGCACGCUUAUUGUCCGUACUGUUUCAAGAAGUUUGUGAACAGGUACAACCUGAAGGUGCACAUCCGCGAUAAGCACGACACGAGCGCCUCCAACCUGGACUGCCUGAUCUGCGGCAAGACGAUGAGGAAUCGGAGCUGCCUCAGAGUCCACAUGUACCAUCAUCGAAAGCAGGAGCAGAAGAUGAAUUCCUCGUCCACGCCCUGAGGCGUUGGGAGGCAACAGCUACCUUCUCCAAACGCUCCGCCUCCAAACUCCUCCUUUCCACAACCACCCACCCCCCCACUCGACGCCGUCCCAACCAAAACUAGUGAAAUUGAUCAAAAAAAAAAAUGAAGAAGUAGAAGAAAGAAAGCAUCAAUCUCUUCUUGCUCUUCGGACGAAGAAACGUUUGCUGGUAAUAAUUAAUUUAAAAAAAAUAAUGGAUGGAAAUUCGUGCAACGAAUGACAAAAAUCCGAAAUUUAUAAUUAAGCACUAAAACAAUUUACAAGCAAAAAAAAAAUGAUAACAAAAUUGUCUAAAUGAACAUCUCGAAUGCAAUUCGGGAUUGAUCAAAGUGAUCGCAAAAAAAAAAAUAAUAUUUAUAUAAUACAUACGAUUUAAUAAGACGGAACACGGAAUUAUAUUUUACUCAUAUUUCUUUUAUCAUCUAUCUAAAGCAAACUAAAUGAUUCACAAAUUCAGAGAAAUUCUUUAAUAGCAUCAUUGUUUGCUUAAUAGUUGCAUAUCAAACUUAUUUUUUAUUUAAUUCUACAAUCUAUUCGUUCAAUCCUCGUGGUAGUUCACUAUACACGUUUCGCAUACAUUCCAUGGCUACUACUACGGCUGUGUUUAUUUUUGUUGUUGUUGUUGUAAUAUUCCUUUCCAGUUCGGGCGCAAUUGUUUUAAUUUGUUUUUUGUUUUCUUUUUAAUUAUUUCGUUGUUAGCGUAGCCCAGAAACUUUAACAGUCCCUUCUUUUCCUCCCCCCAAGAUGAUUGAUAGUAGUAAUAAACUGUACUUAAUUCGUUUUCAAUUCGAGCGGAGUGUGGACGUUGUCUCACCGUGAGAAAAUAACUAAUAAUUUAUUUAAAACAAAUAAACCGU